UUAGACCCACAAUUCAAAGAAACCUCUCCAUCUCUAGAUUGAGUUGGACUACAGCUUUCAAAGUUUUAAACUCAGCCCCAAACAAACGACUUGUCGUCCACCGGGGACAAAAUAAAAUAUGUGUUUAUAUCUAUACUUAUACCGCUGUCUACUUUGGCCAUUGUCAAGAGGUGGUGGCAGGAUGCAGCCAAUGCCAUGAGGACGGCGGCGUUUUUGUUACUCUAACACUUCCAUUUAGGUCCCAAUUCUGGGGUUCCGCCGAAUAGCAGGUGCUAGAAACUUGACAGUGAUCCAAAAUGCUUCAGCACCAAAUAGUACAAUCUCCGGCAAGGUUAGGCCUUACCAAUCCGAACUCACCUUCUCUUCAAAACCCUACACCUCCCAAAUUCCCCGCCGCAUCAUCUCAGCAGCAGCAACAUCCUUCUUCAGCUCUUCUCUCACUCCUCCCUCCUCUCCGUAGAGCUCAGUCUCUUCUUCUCCAAAUGGCCUCUUUAGCUUCCAAAUUCUUCGAAGUUUCCCCAAAUCGAGCCCUUUGGGUCUCCGCUUUUCGUGGAUCGUUACCUACAUUCCUAUCCUCUCAAACUCAAUCGAUUUCUCCACUGGAAUCCACUCCUUUCUCUUCUAAAGAUAUUCUCUCUCUUUUCACUUCCCUCCAAACUCAACUCUUCGAAGCCGUAGCUGAACUCCAAGAAAUCCUUGACCUUCAAGAUGCUAAACAACGUCUCGCUCGCGAUAUCAAAUCUCAUGAUUCUGCUCUUCUCAACUUCGCUAAUAAACUUAAAGAAGCUGAAACGCUACUUGACAUCCUCGUCGAUGAUUAUUCUGAUUAUCGUAAACCUAAAAUAGCUAAAUCAAGUUUAACAGAGGACGAUGAUGUGAGCAAUACGACUACUUCUGCUACUACUACUACUGUUGCAUCUCAGCUUAAUCUGUCUGAUAUAUUAUCUUACGCUCAUAGGAUUAGCUACACUACUUUUGCACCUCCAGAAUUUGGUGCUGGGACUGCACCACUUCGCGGUGCAUUUCCUCCUGCUCCUCAAGAAGAGCAAAUGCGUGUUUCUCAAUUGUAUGCUUUUGCUGAUCUUGAUGUUGGGUUGCCUAAGACUGAAACUAGGGAGAGAAUUAUUGAGCCAAUUAUUGAGCCUCCUCCUCCGCCACAGUCAGCGGACACCAAUCCUCUUGGUAAUUUGGCUGGUUUAUUUCCACCUAGUCUCACUGUUCCGUCUGGAUGGAAACCAGGAAUGCCGGUGGUGUUGCCAACGGAUUUACCCCCUCCUCCACCAGGAUGGAAGCCUGGGGAUCCAUUGCCAUUGCCUCCAUUGGACUCUCUUCCUUUGCCUAGAACGAACGAGCAACAAUUGCAGCCUGCUGUUGCUCCUCAGGGAUUACAUAAACCACCUGAGACAAUACAGGUUCGACAUGUGCAGAUUGAUAUUCUUGAUCAGGAUGAUGACUCUAGUGAUUAUAGUAGCGAUGAUGGGAGCUCAGACGAUGAAGAUUGAGAGCAGCAAUCUGGGAGAUUGUGUGGUGUCACCUUUGAGCAAAUAGUAGAACCAGCUAGGUAAUGUUGUGUCAAAUCCAUGUUGUUGAGCAUUGCAGAGGUAUUGUUUCCCUCGAUGCGAUGCCCAGGAUUGGUUAUGGAGUUGGAAGUGAACUCUUCAUGUUGAUGUCUCCCCUGCAGAUUUCUACAUUUGGUUACUGUUGAUAAUUUGUGUUUCCUGUUCUGCAUCAACUUUUAUGCAGUGCUGCAGGAAAGCCUAUGGAUAUAUCAUGUCGAGUUAUGGGAGAAUUAGAACAUAAAUACUUAAUUUUGCAAAUGAAUUAGAACUUUACGGCUUUUCCUAAA